AUGCGACUAAAUGUACCUAGUGUAUUAUUGACUAGAAAAGGAUACAGUUUAAUUUCAUUUAUUUUUACUAAAAGUGUAAUCAAAUGUUAUCAUGGAGUACCUUUCCUAAAUCUAUAUAAAAAAGUCACAGGUCAUCCAAUAUCUGAUGAUAUGAUGCCUGCUUUAAAAAGAAGACAUCCAAAUCUGGACAGGAUUAGCCAAGAGCAAAUAGAAUAUGUACUCCAAAUUUUAAAUAAAUUUGGCAUUACUGCAAUAGAAGCUUGUCACAAUCCACAUGUAUUCUGCAUGAAUCCAAUUAGUAUGGAAAAUUAUGGAGACAUCCUCAAGGAAUGUGGUUUUAUUAAGAUUUUACCUGACUAUAUAAUAAGAUAUCAUACCAUUGUAAGAUCAAGGACCAUAGCUUAUUUAAAAAAAGAAGGUCUUCUAAGACAAGAUCUCAACUUAGAAGAAGUUUUGCAAAACUGUUUUUUAGAUUGGCCUAAAAAUCAAAAGCAUUUAAAUGAAUUUUCAGAUUCAAGCACUUCUAUAUUGACAGUUAGAACAAGUGUUCUAGAAAAAUAUCUUCAGUGGAGACUCUCAGUAACUACAGAUGAGUUCAAAAAGUACUGCAGAAAUUAUUUACCAUUACGGCAUAGACCUAUGUGUGAUAUAUCUGAAGCGUUAAAUAUUGCACAAAAUGAAAUUAAAUUUAACGUAGACAGUAUAAGAAGAAAUGGUUUCAUAAUAUCAUCGGAUCCAACAAAUACAAAACUUAUACUUGAAAAUGUGAAAACAUUGGCUGGAUAUGAUAUUCGAGAGGCCAUAAGAAUUGAACCGGCUAUUUUAAAAAAUAACUAUAAUUCUUUAUUAGAAAUAAAAAAUAUUUUGCAGACCAAUGGAAUAUCAGAAGAGGCUCAGAGAAUUUGUUUAAAAGUUUACUGUAUGUGCCCACAAACAAUUCAGGAAAGGCUAGAACAACUUAAAGAAUUAAAGGAGUAUCAGAUUUUAUCAACAAAUCCUAGGGUUUUAUCGUUGGUUGUGCACAAAAGAAAAAUGCUGUCGCGUCUGGAGAAAAUUCAAUCGGCAAAAAAGCAGUGCUAUAGCCUAAACCACCUCGUGGCAUCCACAAAGGUUUUUAAUAAUUACAUAAAUAGUUUCGGGAAUAAAGUUUGCGGUAGGGAUAUUGCAGUACUGAUUAGCAGUUGUAUACAAACAAAACAAGUGAAGAAUUAUGAUAGUUCUGCGACAAAUAAAGAGAAUGAACAAUCGACAUUGAGGAAAGCUAUUGUACAACAACUUAAAAAACAUAAAUAUUGGCUGCAUUCGUCACUUUAUAUCAUAAAUGAGAAUCUUCAAUAUCUAAACGAGAUUUUCUACGGCGACGUUAUUGUGAAUAAUUGCCAAAUACUCCUGUAUCCGCUUACCGAAACUAAACAAUAUUUGGAGUUUUUCCUGAUGAAACGAAAACAUAACGAAGCGAAGAAUAUAGAUGUAGAAUUGGACGGGUGCUAUAAUAAUUUGAGCUAUUCGGAUCUCACCGACAACCAGAUUUUGAGUUUGGUUUUGUAUGAAAUUGAAAAGAGAUAUCAUUUCAGUGGUGAUGGUAUUUGGAGCAAACAGGAUGGAGCAAAAACUGAAUCAUCUAAUUUAAAUCAACAAAUGCUGCAUAACUGA